CGUACCUUCUGUUUGAGAAAUCUAUGGAGACAAGAAAGCAUUUUUAGUAGUAAGUGGGUUGAAAAUCUAUUAUUAAAACCCACUAAAGGUUUCAUUUUGAUUUGCAGAUUAUCAGCUUCAAAGAAUAGAUCUGCAGAAAGCAAUCUCCAAUGGAAGAUUAUGGAAUUGAAAAUUCGAAUCUCUUUCUAUUUCCUAUAUUACUACUCAAUGGUUUUACAUUGAAACCCUUUAGAGAACAAACAGAAUCAUUUUCAAGCCUAACUUUCAGAAGAAACACAUUCGGCCCUGCAACUCGAACUCAAAUUCAAACAAACCGGGACCAGUUUGACUCCAUUAAAGGAAUCGGUCUUGCAAUUGCUAAUGUUCUUCUGAAAAAUGAGGAAUCCAGCUCAAAUUUCCCCAAACCCACCAAAUCCUCACUAGUUCUAUUAGCAUCCAAUAAUCUAAAGAUAAAAAUCCCUCAUCUUCCCCUGUUUUCCCAUUCUUCUCCAGCCAAAUCCCAGACCGAUUUCGGUAUCAAGACUAGGAGGAAUCCCGUUUCACUGUCAGCAUGGAAGAAAACCCUGUCGGAAUCUUUGUCGGCGAGUGAGAUGGUGCUUUCUGAGGAUUAUACUCGUGUAACCUCGUAUGGUCCGAAUCCUAGAACGAUUCAUAUCUUUGAUGAUUGUGUUGUGGAAAGCUGUUGUGGAAAAGGGUUGGUGAUGAAUAUGAAAGAGAGGUUCUUGAGCUUCUCGUGUUACCGUUGCAAGAAGAAUCUCGAGCAAGGAGAAGACCUCUACAUGUACAGAGGGGAGAAGGCUUUUUGUAGCCAUGAAUGCAGACAGAUAGAGAUCAUGUUAGAGGAAAUAGAAGAAAAAGAAGAAGAUCAUGUUGGUGUUGGGACGCAUGUAAACUUACAAGCACAAGGAGUGUGGGAAGCUGUGAUGUUCGAUGAGGUCGACGAACGAAAGGAUAGAAUGGCUCUCGCCACCAUCUAUCAAGCGCUUCCCGAUGAUGUCCUUCUCAUGGUGGCCGAGAAGGAUUCUGCCAAGCUAACUUGGGAGACGUUAAAGGCGAUGCAUGUUGGAGUGGAGAGAGUCAAGGAGAUCGUUACCGCGAUCGAGCAAUUUGGUGACCUCAAUAAUAUGACCAUCGAGGAGAUCGUCGGUCGUCUUAAAGUCCAUAAGGAGAGACUUUGCGGCUAUGGAGACAAAGAGGAGGAGAAUCUAUUUCUCAUGCAUGAUGAAUGA